AUGUCGCGUUUCAGACCUUCCACCGCGAAGUCUGCUGCCGCCCAAGUCAAGGGUCGCGUCGCAGCCCAUGAUCUCGUGUCCACCCUCGACGCGGCUCUGCUACAGUCCCACAAUGCCGUCGAAUUGGCACUUUCCAAGCUGUCAAAAGUGAUACGAGAUCCCUCUAUGGAUACGUACGCCGUCAUGGAGCACAUUCAAGACAAAGGCUCCCGAGGGUUGUUUGAUUUUAUCUUGUCAGCGUCAUCGGAUGACGUGUACAACCAAAUGGUUCGGAUCAUCCUCAAACAACCGGUGGAGGAUCUCAGCCACAUGACCUCUAUGCCUUGCGAGUUGCUCCGCCGACUGUCCAGUGUGUCUUGGUCGGAGGGCCAAAACUGUGACAGUGAAGUGGAAAAUGAUCGCGAGAACGCUCGUUGCGCCAUCGCGGCCAUGGAGGCGAUAUCGUUCCUCCUUUCGAGCGGAACUCUGGCCGGAGAAGAUGCUCUCGCACAGUCGCACCGGGGGAACCGGCGAGCGCGACCCCCCGUCCAUAGUGGGCGCGGCGAUGCAGCGGCUACCCAGGCAAUAAUUGAUUACGGUGAAGACGUCCCGGUGUCCGUAACUCAGGCGGACGCCCUCUUGAAAAAUGUGAUCUCGGGGCAGAUGAGGCUCCUCGAGCGCAUCCUCCCCACAUUGCGCUCCGAGGGCGCGAAGACGAUGCUUUGGGAUGCGUAUCUCCCUCACCUCCCGUACGCCGUCCCGCAAGGCGACACCUGGGCAACGGCGUCCACGGAUGCCACCCACGUUGGAAAGGAAUCGCAACAGUGGGAAGUCGCUCUCUCAAAGGGGGCAGACAAGGACAUCCGUCGGGCCGAGCACGCGGGGUCAAAGCGUCUCAAGAUCAUGGUAAACAAAAUUGAGGAGCUGCGCAAAGGCCACUUCACACCGGACAAUCACAAGAUGCUCACCAAUAGUGCAGCCAACAUACCGAUCUUUGAGGCCAAGAUGGACCGUGACUCUAGACUAGUGUAUUAUAUUGGACUUGCGAAUUCGGUAAAAGAUCAGGUACUCAUCAAUGUAUAUGGCAUAUAUACUCAUGCGCAAGUGGACCGAAUCGACUGGAACGCUAUCAGUAAACAACUUUUCAGCUACUACGGCGACGAAAAGAGAAAACUGUCAAUGCAACGCGAUCGACAUAUCGAGGGCCGUGGCGACCAUGUCGUCUAUCCCAAGACAUUCUCGAAAGCAGAAGAGUCGGACAUCAACACGCCGUCGUCCCCCGCUGUCAAAUCUCAUGUCUCGUCCGAGGAAUCUGAACAGUGUACUGAUGACCCAUGCUUAAGUCACGCGAAGUUUGUCACCUACUCUCGGGUGCGUCGCAUGGUCUUGACGCUGAGCUCCAAUGUCUCAUCCACUUUCAGGGAAGAACAGCAACAAAUUAUGACACACGAUUCUUCAUGCUAUGUAAUCGCAGGUCGCAGUGGUACAGGGAAAACGACCGUCAUAGUCUUCAAGAUGCUCGCCAUGGACAAGGCUUGGCAAGACAACGCUUUCGGUCGGAGGCCCCGUCAGCUGUUCAUUUCUCAGAGCAAAAACCUUGUGGACGCCGUUAAAGGAUAUUACGACAAGCUCAGGUUGUCGAUCGAGGUUGGCCGAAUGUCAAAGACUGCCCUCAAGGAGAUGGCUUCAAAUCGCGAGGCCGUCGACCAGGUUGAGAGGUUGAAUGACCUCGACGAGGCUGUGGAAAGGGACAAAAAUCAGCCACGGCGAUACGGCGAGCUCCAGGAGUCUAGCUUCCCCCUGUUCAUGAGCUUCGGGAGGCUCUGCGUCUUGCUCGAAAACGAAUUCCGUUAUGUUGUCAGAACGGGCCGAGUCGAGAAGACUCAGAUCGACAAGUCCAAAAUAGCCUCUCUGCGCCAAGUCCUGGGCAUCCGUCCUGGCGACGAGACAUCUCGGUUCUCCCUGCUGCUCACAGACAGACGUCCUCGGCUGCUAGAUUUUGAGACCUUUUUGGACUUGGUCUGGAACCAUUCUCUCGAGGCAUCGCGGCACAUCCUGAGUCCAGAGUUGGCGUUCACCGAGAUCAUGGCGGUGAUCAAAGGGUCGGAGGACGCCAUCCGAAGCGAGCAAGGUUUUCUCAGCCGGGAGGCAUACUUCCACCGCCGUCGUGAGCAUUCCCAGUCGGGGAUGUCCGAGAAGCAGAUGGAAGCGGUAUAUGCCCUCUUUGAACAGUACCGCAGGAAGCGGGGGCUCUUGGUUGGGGACUGGUACUAUGAUGUUGCGGACAGAGCCAGAACGUUGAUCAGAUGUUUCGAUUUAGUUGGUAUACCUGGACGCCCGCUCAUCAACAUCUUCGUCGACGAGUGUCAGGACAAUCUGUUGGCAGACUCGCAACUCCUGCGCGUUCUUUGUCCCAACCCUCACGGACGCUUCUGGGCCGGAGACACAGCUCAGACAAUCUCAGCGCACAGCGCAUUUAAGUUCAGCGAGCUCCAACGAUUGAACUAUCAGCGCGAUCUCAACUCGUAUGGUCCGAAAAACGCUCAACACGCUCCGAUGUUUCACUUGGUGGUGAAUCACCGUUCCCACGAUGGCAUCAUCCAGUGUGCACAAGAGGUAGUCCACCUGUUGAUCAAGUACUGGAGGAGCACGAUCGACGAACUCGAAGAUGAGAGGGGUUCGUGCCCUGGGCCCAAACCUCUUCUCAUCUCAGCAGAAGAAGACUCUGCCAUAUUUCGCCUGAUCUUCAAAGAUCCAGAGGGAAGCACAACUGUCGAUUUCGGGGCAAGACAAUGUAUCAUAGUGCGUAAUGACGCAGCGCGACAGCGCCUCCGUAAGCUGGUUGGGGAUGUAGCGUAUAUCCUCACCAUUUACGAAAGCAAGGGCCUUGAGUUUGACGAUGUUCUGCUGUACGACUUCUUCCGGGAAUCUACUGUCGACGACUCGUCCUGGAGCUGGAUCCUUCCAGAAAACGGUGUCUCCCCCGACCCUGAGGCGUUGGCAGCGGUCGACCACGGACUAUGCCGAGAGCUGAAACACCUGUAUGUCGCACUGACUCGAGCUCGGACGACUCUGUGGAUUGUGGACACCUCGUCGCGCGCCGAGUCUUUCAAGGAUUUCUUCUCGGUCAAGGGCCUUAUUGCCGUCCAUCUUCCCGAAUCUCCUCUCCCGCCCUUCCAACGCUCCUCCACCUCCGCGGAGUGGGAAGAACAGGCCCGCGUAUUCUUCCGGAUGAAGCUUUAUUCAGAAGCUAUGCGCGGCUUCACACGCGCCGGCAUGCUCCGCGAAUGUCGCGUCGCCGAAGCCUUCCUCCUACGCCAACAAGCCUCGCGGGUGAAUGCCCUCGACGCUCGCAGCAAGCAAGCCCGAGACACAGCAUACCGCAAAGCGGCUCACGCGUUCAUCAAGGCCGCAGAAGAUGCGCAGGAUGAUGUCGACCGGCACGACUAUCACCACACGGCCGCGUUCUGCUUCGUUGACGGUGGCGAUAGCCUCAGCGCGGCCGAGGAGUUCGAGGCUGCGGGCUCGUACGACGAGGCCGCAGUCCACUUCCGCAAGGCCGGCAGGUUUGAUCACGCAGUCCGCGUGGUCAGGUCCCAAGACGUGCCCGAAGACGUGCGAGAAGGCAUCCUCAGCGUCGCUCGCUUACAUUACAUCAAGGAGAACAAGACUGCACAAGAAGUCAGAGAGCUGUUCGACGACGACGACGAAGCAGUCGAAUACAUGGAUGACUACGACCUCAAUACUUCGAGUGCCGCCUUCCUCGAACAACGGGGCAGGUACCGCGAUGCGGCUGAGCGCUAUCUACUCGAAGGAGACAUUCUCAAGGCCAUCGAUCUCUUUCUCUUGGACGACCACGGCGCGCCAAGAGCGAUACAGACUGUGCUGGUAGGUCUUUGGGAGCACUUGCCGUUGCACGCGCCAGCGGAGGCAUUCGAGAACUCGGUAGUCAAGAAGCUGAUCGAACAUGCCGAACGGCUUGCUGGGACGCUCUCGGCAGAUGAUGUAGUAUCAGAGGAGCUGAGAAUGUUCACAACGAUUCGUCAGCCAGACGCUCGAUCGACGCUCGACAGAUUGAGCUCCGUCACCACAUUCCUCAGGACUCCGGGCAAGGAGCCCGCGGCUCUUCGAUUAUUCGACUACAUCUUCGCACAGAUGUUCUUCCCCAUCGAACAUGCCAUCGAGACGACGGGCCUACAGGAUGCAGAAGAAGACUGGGCAACGGUGUUCCGCUCAUUCCUGGAGUACACUCGCAUGCUUUUGCGACUGUCAUGCAAGCCAGGCGGCGAAUCAAGCAUUUGCACAAACCCGACGCUUCGGACCCUUUUUGCAUUCAAGCCGUGGCACUCCGGUGAAGAGCAAUAUGAAGUCUUGGCGUCUUCGUCCCUAUAUUCCUCGUGCAGAGAGUUUGUGCAGUCGGCCGAAGAUCAUAUCGUCGUAACUCCCUGGGUGCUGGAGGACCUUAUCAAGGAUAAACUGCGGACGAUCCUCAAGCGAAGAGUGCUUUCCCAGAAGGAGAUGGCUCACGCAUUACAAUCUCUGAAGCCAUGCGUGCAGUCGAUGGCCUCUGAUUUCUCAUGCGCGCGCCGUUCAACCUGUCGCAACAUCCACAUCAACAUUGAAGCUGCGGCAGCAAUUGCAACAUAUAACCGCAUCGUGCACAUCUACAUCCUGCAAAUCAUGAUAUUCCAUACUCUUUAUGCCACAGACAUAUCGUUUGCUACGCGCACAAGGCAGCAAAGGUAUGGACAAUCCAAUGACGUGGGCGACGGCAUGCGUAAUACUGUAAAGCUGACCUGA